CUGGGGUCCAUCAGAGAAUGUCCUGCCCCCUGCACCAGCUUGAUUGGCAGAAGAACACUUCAGUCAGGAAGUCAGAAUAUUUGUGCUGGGACGGGGUGAAGGAGUAUGAGCAACGUGUGUCAGAUGAGCUGUGGAACAGCUGCAAUCGGAGGGGAGAGAUGAUAAGAGGACCUAUGGCAGAGUUACAGGCCAUCUCUUUGGGAUGUGAAAGGGGAACAACCCUGAGCCUGCCGUAGCUCAUACAGCAUCCUGAGAUCAAGAGGGGGCAGAUGCACCUUGCUCUCUGCAGCCAGGCGGACAGACUGUGAGCAGAGUGGCGUAGGCAGCACAGGGAUGAAAAACUUUGAAGGUCAUGCCCUGCCAGGGUGCUACUUCCUGGCAGUUGGGGUCCUGUGGUCUGUGAAAUACCCCAUCAAGUAUCUCAUGCAGAGGGAGAAUGAAUACAUCAGCAAAAAUAAGUGGUACCAGUAUCUGGAGCUCCUGGAAGGGAUGGGCAAAGUUAUCACUGCUCUAGUGGGGAUUCUUGCUGGACAGUUUAUUCCCGAGGGCCCCCAUUUGCAUCUCUACGCCCAGGAUCACACUUGGGUGGACCUGCUGACUUGGACACAUGGAACCAUGUACUUUGCUUAUGUCCUCGCUGGCCUAGUGGAUAUUCUCAUCUCCCUCCCACUUGGGCUGCCCCCAGGGCUGGAUCGCUUCAUGCUCUCCCAGGCGCUGUUUGUUGAAGGUUUUCUCUUUUAUUUUCAUGCCCAUCACCGCCCCGCGCUGGAUCAGCACAUCCACUCAUUGAUGCUCAUUGCCAUAUUUGGUGGUGCCCUCUGCUCCCUUCUGGAAGUGUUCAUGCGAGAUCACCCAAUCCUGGAGCUCUUAAGGACUACCACGUUCCUUCUCCAAGGAUCCUGGUUCUUGCAGAUCGGGUUUGUGCUGUACCCACCAUGGGGAGGGCCAGGCUGGGACCAGACUGAUCAUGAAAACAUCAUGUUCCUCACCAUGUGCUUCAGCUGGCACUAUAUAGGUGCUCUCCUCCUCUUUAUUAUCAACUACACCAUCGUUUACUGUUGCAUUGAGAAGUGGAAGAAAUAUGGCAGUCGGGGAAAAGUUGGGAGUUCGACAUUCAACAUGAGUUCGUAUACUCCUCUCCUACUGGGAAUGGAUAACGUGGAAAAUGUUGACUCCAUGCUGGGGUCUCUUCCUUCCUAGAAGCCAGGAGGGUUUUCCUGCCCCCAAAUAACAUGGCUGCAGAUUUGUCAUGGUGGUUUUUUAACAAAAAAAAUCACAGCGAGCUCACAGUACAUUUAGUAAAAGUCUCAGGUUUAGGAAGAAAUGUUAAAAUCACCAGGGGGACAUGUCAGAGUGGUGUAGGGUGACCACAUGUUCAGAUUUUAUAGGGACAGUCCCAAUUUUUGGGUCUUUUUCUUAUAUAGACUCCUAUUACCCCCCACCCCAUCCAGAUUUUUCACUUGCUGUCUGGUCACUGUAGAGUGGUGGUGUUGGGUCUUGCCCCUAGGGGAUGGAAGGCCCUUGGGGAAGGAUUGGGCCUACCCCCAAAGACUGGGAGACCCUGGGGGAGGUUGCAGAGUGACCCCAUCCCACACUCACCCUGCAGUGGGGCGCCUGUGCCCUGAGGCCUCCCAGAGACAUCAUGGACCAAUGGAUUAAAAACCAAACACAGCAUCUGAUGCCCACCCACCCCCAUGACAAACGUGCAGCUCCACAAAUAACUAGUGAGAAGAAAAAUGGAUGGGGAAGCCGGAGAUCGAGGUUCAAUUCCUAGCUCCUCCCAAACAUUCCCCUGUGAUUCUAGCCAAGUCCCUUAACCUUUCUGUGCCUCGGUUAAUCAACUGUAAAAAUGAGGACAACAAUACUUCCUUUCCACCACUAUCUAGUCUAUUCAGUUUGUAAGCUCUCCAGGGCAGAGGCCAUCUCCUUAUGUAUGUACAGCACCUAGCACAAAGGGGAUGUGAUCUAGAUGCUCUAGAUUACAGCUGGGCAAAAAUAUUUCACACAAUUUAUUUGCUGAAAAAAUGCAAUACUGAUCAACCCCAAUUCACAUGAUCGCCCCCUCCGGCUUAGAUGCCAUUCACAAAACAGAAGAAAGGUAUCACCACCUCUUCUUCUUCUGUUUGUUGUGUGAAUCUAGCCCUUUAAGAAUGUCCAAAAACAUUUGUUUCAGGUCAAAUGACGUGCUUCAUUGAACCCAAAACAGAUUUUUUCAGUUCAGCAACAUUUUUUCAGUUUUCAAAUUCAGUUCAAUCAGCGCCCUCCCCCCCCCUUUUUUUUAAAUCAGAACGGCCAACUGAAAAAUGAAUUAUUCACCCAGCUAGACUCUAGCCACUACUGUAAAUGCAAAUGAAUGUACACUAGCUAUCAUUCAGUUCUCUUUCAGCGGAAUAUAAAGGAACUUAAGCAAAGUGACUUACAGUGGGAGUCUUAAGCACUUUGAGAAUUUUGCUCAUCAUCAUCAUCCCAUUCCUAUCCUCGCUGUUAAGACAGAAACCCUUUCCAUUAAACAGAAACAGCAGCACAUUCUCCCUUCCCACAUAACAACGCUGCCUGUUCUGAUGCCUGUUGCUCUGGGGUGUAACAUUUGUGCCUUUAAGGUGUUUAAGGCAAAAGCGCAGGCGUUGGCCUGGCAGUCAGCUCUUGAACUACGUAAACAAUACUUGACAGAAAGAUGACUAAGUAUUGAAAAUAGGCACCAGGUACAGGACUGGAGUCACAAGUACUAAAUCUGGAUCUGCCAGGGACAUUCUCCGCUACUUUGGCCAUGUCGCAGUUACAUGCUUCAGUUUCCGUUUUCUAAAGAGAGAGAGAGUCGGAAAAAGGUUUCCCUACGUCAUCUACAGUGUAAGAAUUAUUGUAAAGCAUUCUGAAGAUGAAAAGUGGUACCUAACAUUUAAAUCAUGGUCUGGAAAGUCAUUUUCAUUGAGAACCACCCUAGGAGUAUCUCCAAGGCGAGUUUCUAGCCGUCAGGGUGCCCUGUACAGUUACAGAACAGACUGGCUUCAUUUUUUUUAGUACA